GGAAGGCACCCCACGCUUUCAGAAUCAAGCGUACGGGCCAAUAAACGGUUUUCUUCAAAUUAAGUUCAGCAACGAGCAUUUCUUUGUGAAGCCGCAGAAGGGUCUCAGAGCUCCCCCUGCUAACGUCGACAAUUAUGAUGACGAUGUCCCAUUUAUUGAAGAGGACGAAGAUGACAAUGACUCUUCAGAUAGUACGGGGAAUACAGACUCCUCGUAUUUAUCUGGGAGUCAAAACUCGUCGGAUAGUUCUGGAAGUGAAAACGAUGAAAUGCGAGCCGAGGCCGUGGUUCUUAGACCCCGAGUGCAGCCUCCCCAGGCUAUGGAUGUCGAUGAAGGUGAUGGUCGCGGCAGCAAAACUGUCAACAGACAUCGUAGGAGCAACAGCAAUCAUAGCACAGAUUCAAAUGAUAAGGAGGGCAUGUCAUUGGCCAUCCAGAAGGGCACCCGUUUUCCGGAUUUCACUGUCGAAAAAGUAUUUCGAGACAGCCCCGAUGGCCGGAUAUUUCCGCACAGGAUUGCUUUGAUAGUGGAGAUUGGCUCAAAAGCUACUCUAGAAAGGAUGGUAGCUGACAGGGGCCCUGGAGGUCGCCGUCGCUUCUAUGAGAGUAUGACCCGGCAGCUCAGACGGUACCUCCAGCGGGCCUGGGGUCAAUCAACAUUUGCACAGCCGAUACUGGGCAUGGCAAUGGUUGGGAACCAAGUGUAUUUCAUGGACAUCAAGGACCAAGUUGUAGACUCAGUCUUGAAGGUUCCCCGCGAUGAAGAGUGGCCUUCAAUUUUUGAACCGCGAUCAAGAUUCAUUGAGCUGUUGGAUGCUGUGAAGAUGGAGUAUAUGAAUCUUGCCACCCCUCAGUAGUACUAUUGAUGCCAUCAGGUUUGGAAAUGCACAAUAGGUUUGGAAAUCCAGUCCCAUGUCCUUGCAUCUGAGAUAUUGAGCCUGGUAUAGUCUGGAAUAUGUAAG